GUGACUUCGAGCGUAAGUCGCGAUUAACCUGGAGAACAAGACGGAAAUUGAAGGGAGAAGAGGCAGAUGAAUCUCAGAUCAAACUGAACAAGCUUGACGCAGUGCUGGUUUAAGGGGAAACCAUGGCCCUUGAACUUCAGAUUCGCAGCCAUGCUGGCCAUCCUUGUCGUUUCGCCUCGUCUGGGCCUAAAUACCCGCUCUCCCUGGACCAAAGAAUUCGACAAGGCGAGGAGUUCCGCCACUCAAAAGCAAGGCUAGAAGCGGCUCUCCAAUCCAUCAAGAACCUCCCUCCUCAUGGAUCUCAUACUGGACAACCCGACUGCGAAAGAUGCACGCGGAAGAAGAACCAAAUCAGAGCAGCAUAUCAAGAAUACUACCUCUCCUCCGACCCUGAUGCGUGGUCAUCGAACCUCCCACAAUACCGAGCAGCGAUGGCAGAGAAGCUCAAUAACACCAAUGGCUACUCCUUAGCGGAAAUUCAUGUCUUCUUUCAAUCCGCUUUCCGAGAACACCUGAAGCAAGACCUCUGCAAACCAUUAGCCAAAGACACGGCCCAAACCCUCUCCCUGAAGUCCUCAACAGUCGCCCAAUUCGACAGCGGUCGUCCUACUGCCGACAUUUUGUCAGAUUACGCGGCGGCAAUAGAACGCAACGCCCCCCACGAUGACGCAGCGGCAUUUGCCUCCGCCGUCAACAACUCGAGGACUAAAGAAGAACGCGCACAAGUCUACAUGAACUACUACUGCCGCCCUGCCUGGGCCGACUCUCCGCAACAAAAAGCCUUCAAAGCCAAGUAUGCACGCAUGUUUGGAGAGCUCAUUCCGCACGAUGAAGUUCUAGCAGCGAUGAAGAAAGAAGCAGCAGACUCGCACGCGAGCAAGAUCGAUGUUUUGCAGCGGGAAAUCAGCGAGUUGCAGAUGGCACAGAGCGCGCAUUUGAAGGUCAAGGCGAAGAAAGAGGAGAAGCAUGAGAGGAUGAUACUGGACAGAGAGCCGAGUCCGAAGAUGGUACAGUGUAGUCUGGAUGGCUGUGCGAAUGAGGUUAAUUUGUUGGCGGAUAUGAUUGAGUGUGCCAUUUGUGAGUGGUUGCAUCGGAAGGGUGGGGAGAGAGGACGGUAUGUUUAUUGUUCGGUGGAGCAUGCUGAUGAGGAUUUCGACGAGCACGAUCGCCAUGAACAUGCGUGUUGCAUGGGAAAUCGCUGCAUCUACUACCCGCAGACCGGACCACCAGGCGAAACAGACGCAGUGGGUAUCUGCGAGGAUUGUGAAAAAGAGGAGUUUUACUCCCUUUUCUGCUCUGAAGACUGCUUCCAUCAUAACCUGGAUGAGCAUCGGGAAAUCUAUCAUGAAUCUCGGAGGAUCCCAAGCAUGUCGGACACCUUGGAUCUCUUCCAACCUGCCGAAGACAUGGAAAUUAUUUCUCAGGAUUGAUCCGAGGUGUGUCCCGAAUCAUCUGGAAACUUAUACAGUAAACCCGAAAAGGCGCAGUUUACUUUCCCACCCAGCUACGAGUGAGACCUGCUUAUGCAAUGACUGGAAGCGCAGAUAAGAUCUUGACCCCCUACCUAUUAUUUGAAUAUCUGCUGCCCUCUACUUGAUUUCUUUCAUCGUGAGAGGGCAAGCGCUCGCUUACGCUUUCGUCUCUAAUAUCCCUUCAACUCACGUGAGGCUCACUUCGCGGCCUUUCGAUCGAAAAUUGAGCGAGAAACCGUAUCACCAUUCCACCAGACUUCGAGUUAUUGAUGACUUUCAGUAUAAAAGUUGUACAGAAUAGUUGCCUCAAAGUGCG